GAGGCAAAAUAUGCAUAGAAAAAGAGGUAUGAUUUGGAGACGUUCCUUACGAUACGUGUAGACUGUCUCCAAGAUGCCAACAAGGUGCUACGAGUCAUCCCAUCAGUUCACAAAAGGUAUUAAGCACUCAAAUACUUGCGUCUCAUGGGCUAAUAGAUGUAUUGUCGGCUACAUAGUCUACCUCUGCCCUAGCUCUCCCAUAUUGUAGUCAGUGCAGGUUGCAGAUUAUGAUAUAAAUCGUCUAGCCCCUUGUAGGCGAGGAGAGAUUUGCGUUGCCAUUAGCCUUGACAUUUAUCCUACUUUAUAGAACUCUCCAUAAACGUCCCUUUGCGCAUAUUAAAUCGGGUGUAAUGGCUCCCGCGCUCCUCGUCGAUACCCCCAGCAAGACCGAAAGGCGGCUCCCAGUUACACUUCUUAGCGGAUUUCUCGGGUCGGGAAAAACGACCCUUCUCGAAAAUAUCUUGACAUCCCCCGAACAUGGCCUCCGAAUAGGUGUCAUAGUCAACGAUGUUGGCGCGCUGAACAUCGACGCGGCCCUGCUCACUUCGCACGACGUCACUCGUAAAGAAGAACAAGUGGUGGCCAUGCAGAACGGCUGCAUCUGCUGUACUUUACGAGGUGACUUGCUCGAGGAGGUUGCGAGGCUUGUAGAGGAGAAACAGGUCGAGUAUCUCAUCAUCGAGAGUUCUGGAGUUAGCGAACCAAUGCAAGUCGCCGAGACGUUCUCUGAGGAGUUUGCCGACAUGCACAUCGCCGCAGGGUACGACCUCGAGGCAGAGGAGCAAGGAAAUAAAGAGAAUAAUUAUAAACUCGCCAAAAUUCUAAAAUCCGGCGGGCUCUCCAAGGUAGCGCGUCUCGACACUUGCGUCACACUCGUAGACGCCGUAAAUUUCAUGCAGGACUUUGCGACGGCUGACUUCUUAGUGGACCGCCAAGCUGAUGUUCCGCAGGAGGACGAUAGGAACAUUUCGGACGCGCAGGUUGAUCAGGUAGAAUUCGCGGAUAUUGUCAUAGUAAACAAGUGCGACCUGGUUACUAAGGACGAAGCGAAUCGGAUUAAAGGGGUUGUUAGAAAGCUUAACCCUAGCGCCAAGGUCGUCUCGACUGUCAAGUGCCGACUAGACCUAGGCGAGAUACUGGAUACUCGCUUGUUCUCGUACGAAAAGGUGGCCCUCAGCGCCGGAUGGCUAAAGAGUCUAAACGAAGAAAUUAGCCCUGAGACGGAGGAAUACGGGAUAGGCACAUUCGUUUAUCGAGCCCACCGCCCCUUCCACCCGGCGCGGCUCUGGGAUAUGAUCAAGUCGGUAUUUGUCGUUAUCCAGACGGAGUACCAGAUCGAAGGAGAAGAUAUGGAUGUCGACGACACAGAUAGUGCUGCCGAAGACGAUGACGAGGAUGAGGACGAAGAGACUGAUGAAGACACCGAUAUGGAGGAUGAGCAACCUCAACUUGACCCCAAAGCACGAUUGGCUUCGAAAAUAGCAGACGACACUUUCGGGCCGCUGCUACGCUCGAAGGGAUCUCUGUGGUUAGCAACCAGGCCUAAGAUGUAUGACGAAUGGUCGCAAGCAGGUGUAAUGUUGACCAUAUCGGGGCAAGACCUCUGUCGCUGCGAGAUUCCGGAGGACGAAUGGCCCUCGGAUCCAGAGAUGAGAAAGGCAAUAACCCGCGAUUUCGACGGAAAGUGGGGAGAUCGGCGACAGGAACUUGUCUUUAUCGGCCAGCAAAUGAGGACCGGUGGUGAAAAGCGCUUGCGAAAGACUCUCGACGCCUGUCUCUUAGACGAUGAAGAGUUCCUCAAUUGGGAGGCCGCCAUGGAGUCUGAUGAUAUCCAGGAGAAGUUGGAGGAACUAUUCGAGGACGGAUUCGAAGAUUGGCUCGAGACUAGCCACGAAGGACAUGACCAUAGUAACGGUCAUAGCCACGGAGACCACAAACACUAAGGCCCGAUAUGACUUACAUUUAAGAGAAACUGGUUAAUAAUUGGUAUAGUUAUCGAAUGAAGUUGUAACCUUCAAUAUGCAGUACCUCCCGGAUGGAAGUUAAUGUGCACUGUAAUUAUCCAUCAAGACCUCAUGUAAAGAUAUAGUAAGCGCAUAGGGAUAUAGUAGCUGGCA